UCCAGUCAGUAAUACAGAGAGAAGGAAGCACUGCAGCACAGCACCGUCUGACUGUGACACCCACAGCACAGGGAUCCUAUAAUGUGUGACUGGGGGGUGCGCUGCCUUUCCUAAGUUACAAAGUCCCAGUCGCUUCAACUUUCCCACAUCCAGGCUUCUAUGGAACAAAACUGAGCGGACUAUUCUCUCCACAUUAUAUGCCAUUAUGACUGAUCUUGUGACUCCAACUUCGGCAGAGAUCCCCAAACAUAUCCUGGACAUUUGGGUCAUCAUUCUUAUAAUACUGGCUACCAUCUUGGUGAUGACAUCACUUCUUCUAUUUCCAGCCGCAGCCGUCAUUAUGUACAGAGUACGGACACAUCCGAUCAGGAGUAGCCAAUAACGCUACAAGCUAUAAGAUGAUAUCCUGGAUAUUGGGACCAUUUUUUGGACAGAGGGACAGAGAGAUCCUGUUGAAAGCAAAGUUGGGGAGUGAAGGGUCUAUACUAAGAGGAUCCAAGAGCUUGUCCAAGCACCAGACAGAGAUCCAUGUGAUGCUUUAUGGCAUAUAUCGCAAAUCAUGAAACCCAUUCAUCAAAUUAGCAUAAACCCCUGCAGAAGUAUGGUUUGCGGGAUUAUUGUCAAGCAUGCCUGCACAUUGUAUAUAUGGACACAGACGACGCAGUAUUAAAUUCAAUGUCAUGAAGAAGCACUAAGAACAACCCUAAAGUAAUACGUCCCCAAAUUAUUUUACUUUAUGGUCACAUUUCUUUUUUAUAUUAACAUUUAUGUACUUUCAUUUGUUUCAGUUGUGUAAUUCUGUAAAUCCUAAAAAUAGAUAUUUUUUUUGCUCUGUCAUAGCUGUGGUUUACUCUGGAGACACCACAACAUUGGCUCGCCUGGUGCAGUAAUAAAGAUUAAAAAAAAAUAGCAUAGAGGACUACAAUGUGUACACUGCUUGUAUGUCAGAGAAAUGGACUUGCCUAGUGGCAUACCUUCUGUAGAGCAGACCAUGUGACUGCUAUAGGGCCCCUGGUGAAAGAGGGCCUGGCA